AUGCCUCUCAAAGUAGUCGCUGCGAGUGCAGAGGAUGCUGCCCGUGCCGUGGCAAUAGAAGACCUCGCAUAUGGCCCAAACCCAUAUAGCGCGGCUUUAUUUCCCGGGCCAUUCCCACCCGGCGGAGAUGAUUCACGUGUAAAAAAGCUGAUAUUUCAGCUUGAAGAAGACCCUGCCUGUCGCUGGGCCAAGGUAGUAGACACGGAGCUGAAAGCUGAGGGGCAAGAUGGUAUGAUUGCUUUUUCCAAGUGGUAUAUCUGGGAAAAGCCCAGGGACACCUUAGCCCCUACUCGUCAGGGGGGGCCUGGCACAAAUCCAGAAGCUUGUGAGCUUUUUUUCGGCGGUAUGAGGCGGGAGUGGAUUCAGAGGAUGGGUAGCAAGCCUCAUAUUUACUUGAAGCUUCUGCAUACAGACCCCACGCAUCAAAGACGGGGAGCUGGGUCUCUGCUGCUCAAACGGGGCACCACGGAAGCCGAUCGUCUCGGAUUGCCUGCGUAUCUGGAGUCCUCAGAAGAGGGUCGUAACCUGUACGAGAGGCACGGAUGGCGCGAGGUUGGCAAGUUGGUCGUUGACCUGAGAAAAUUGGGGGGGGGGGCGCCUUCUGACACAAUCUCCACGCUGAUGUUGAGAGAGCCGGUCCCAAAGGCUUAA